UCCACGUGACUCACAACAUGAGGACCUUAGCCCUGCUCUCUGUCCUUCUCCUGCUGGCCCUCCAGGGGAAGGCUCAACCUCUUGGUGAGACAUCUGACCAGUUGCCCACAACAGGUGACCAGGAGACAGAGACAGAGGACCAGGCUCCCAUGACAGAUGAUGAAGACACCACCAUGGACCAGCCUGGUGCUGGGAAUACAGGCAUGUCUAUCUCCUUGGAAGGUGAUGCUCAAGAUGCUUCAGGUUAUCAAAGAAGACUUAACUGCUAUUGCAGAAGCAGAAAAUGCAAACCUGGGGAGAAUCACACUGGGAGGUGUAUUAACAGAGGCAUGAGACAAAAUCUUUGCUGUCGCUGAAUCUAUAGAU